AAACUGAGUCUUGUACUUUCCUCGUUACUUGCUAAACAUUGGGACCUGUUGGAUUCAGCUUGGUGAUCAGAGGAAAGCUAUCAGUUAUCACGAACAGUCACUGAAGAUGAUGAAAGCUAUCUACGGUGAAACAACGACACAUCCCAACAUUGCUUCUUCACUCAACAACAUCGGGAAGAGUUGGAGUGACCUUGGUGAUCAGAGGGAAGCUAUCAGUUAUUACAAACAGUCACUGAAGAUGAUGAAAGCUAUCUACGAGAAAGCUGUCAUUUACUUCGAACAGUCCUUAAAGAUGCGGAAAGCUAUCUAUGGCGCAACAACGCCACAUCCCGACAUUGCUGUAUCAUUAAAUAACAUUGGAAAAUGUUGGAGUGACCUUGGUGAUCAAACGAAAGCUAUCAGUUAUCACAAACAGUCACUGAAGAUGAUGAAAGCUAUCGAUGGGGAAACAACGCCACAUCCCUACAUUGCUUCAUCACUAAACAAUAUUGGGGCAUGUUGGAGUGACCUUGGUGAUCAGAGAAAAGCUAUCAGUUAUCACGAACAAUCACUGAAGAUGAUGAAAGCUAUCUAUGGCGAAACAACGCCACAUCCCCACAUUGCAUCAUCACUAAACAACAUUGGGUUGUGUUGGAGUGACCUUGGUGAUGGGAGGAAAGCUAUCAGUUAUUACGAACAGUCACUGAAGAUGAUGAAAGCUAUCUAUGGGGAAACUACACCACAUCCCGACAUUGCUAAAUCACUAAGCAACAUUGGGACAUGUUGGAAACAUCUCGGUAAUCACAGUAAAGCCAUGUGGUAUUUGAAACAAUCAUUGGACAUGAUGAAAGUUAUCUAUGGGGACAAUCCGGAACAUCCCGACAUUGCAAAAGUACUUAACAAUAUCAGAUCAUGUAAAAGUACCCUCCACGAGUAGAGUAAAACCGUUAGUAGUUAUAGCAAAUCGUCACUCAGGAUUAGGUAACUAUGGAGACACUACUGAACACCUCCAAUCUGCCUUGCCAUAUCAUGUCAUUACAUAGCUAUCUUUGUCACAAAUUGCUUACUAUGUAAGUAUGGCAGCUUCUAUUACAUAAUAAGGGGAUUAAUGUACUUUGCAAGACUAUGUAUUGCAUAGGGAGACUAUAUACUUGUAGUCUUUGGUGGAAUUUCUUGCACUCAUUGUAAGUACGCGGCCAUUUGGACAAUAUUCCUUCCUUUAUGUUCCAUAUCUGGAAUCAGGGAUUAGCACGACUGUGUUUAUAUUAUACAUUAUUGUACUUUUAACGUGUGGUAAUUUUUAAGGUAAACUUGAUAUGCAACGAAUAGGUUUUUAUCAAA